AUGACUACGUCAUACGACAGUUACGAGCCUAGUCCAUGCGCAGCUGAUGGAGUCGGACCGGAACCGAAGUGGACUGGACGGCUCGUGCCCGCUACUUGCUCUCGUCAGGCCGUCGCCGUCUCCUUCCCGCCGAGGCAGUUCAGUAGCCUCCGCCGCGCCGUUGCGGUCGACUCCGACCAGCAAGGCUCCGCCGAGCCUCCAGAGCAGAAGGGGCCGAAGACGUACUACUUCCUGGUGGCGAACGCCAAGUUUAUGCUGGACGAGGAGGAGCACUUCCAGGAGCAGCUCGCCGAGAAGCUGCGCAACUACGCCGAGCGCAACAAGGAUCGCGAUUUCUGGCUCGUGGUGGAGCCAAAGUUCCUCGACAGGUUCCCUAACAUCAACAAGCGCCUCAAACGCCCUGCCGCGGCGCUUGUCUCCACCGACGGUAACUGGAUCACUUUCAUGAAGCUGAGGCUAGACAGGGUCUUAGCGGACCAGUUCGAUGCAGAAUCAGUUGAAGAGGCAUUGACUUCUAAUCCUGUUGAGUUGAAAUUUGAAAAUCCUGAGAAAUGGACAGCUCCAUACCCUAAAUAUGAGUUUGGAUGGUGGGAGCCUUUCUUGCCCCCGAAGUCCAGCAAUGGCACGGCGUAGAGAUAAGUAGCAAUCCACGUGAGCAAUGUAAGAUUUCUUCCAUGUAAGUGAUGAAUGUAAUUUUUUAUUUUCACGCUGCUUAUGUAGUCCUUGAGGUUUGCGAGUACAGUUAGUUACACUAGUCGCAGAGUUUUGGUACUACCAAAUAAUUAGUGGGUUUUUUUGAGAAAAAUCGUGGCUCUGUUGUGGCUGA